AUGUUCAAAGAUCCCGCGCUCGAUCUACUAUGGGAACUUUGCUUCUACCUUCCUCGUCUUGUCAGCGCUCUACCGAGCCAUGCCGUUGUACGGGACGAACAGAACAAUGUCGUGGACAUCCGGCCCCUAACAAGAGAAGAAUGGACGAGGUUUCACACAUAUUCAGCUCGUAUCCGCGAAGUCGGCAUUUCAGAAUGGGGCCCCACGUCAAACGCCUUACUCGCCCUCUUGGCCGCUCCUCCCGCAUAUAUCGGACGCGCGUUUCCUAAGCUUCGACGGAUCGUUAUACAAGAGUUGAAGGGGCAGCUGUAUUUCCCCGAUUACCGUUUCUUGCUAGGGCCUCUUGUCAACUGCGUGGAUCUCAGGCUCGGGGAAAUCCCUUCUGAGAACGAUGCUUUGACGCAAUCAAUCAUCCAAUCUAUUCCAGAAGUGUGUCCCAAGCUCCGGUACUUGGCAGUCUCAUGGUCCUCUCGCACGCCUCCUCCUUGGGCCAGCCAGGUUGUCUCGGAGGCCGUCUCUCGCUUAGACUCCCUUUGGACCCUCCGAUGCCCAGCUCUGAACACUUGUGCAAUAAUGCACGUGAGCCAGCUGCGCUCUAUGGAGGCCUUAGCCCUCGACUUGUUUCCGCCAUCUGGUUCAUUGUCCUCUAAUUCCGGUACCGCUGCUAUCUAUGAGUUCUCUGGCCUUUACUCUCUGGAUUUGACAGCCAAAACAAUGGAUAAAGCGGCGAUAUUUCUGCGGCAGCUCACGAGUCUUCCCGAUUGCCUCACCAUCAAUCUCGGCGCCUCGCCGCAUGUUUCAGAGGUGGAAUCUUUCAUUGGCUAUCUUGACGGUCGUCAUAACCGGGAUUUUGACGGCCUCACCCUUCGAGGCCGACAUGGAUACGUUGAGCCCAUUAGCUCAAUCCCCGAUCCUGGUCCCCCAGUCACGUUGCAAAUCCUUCGCCCCCUCUUACAGUACCAAUGGCUUCGCACGCUUGAAAUCGAAAUGCCAAGUCCAAUCCAUCUCACAGACGCAAAUAUCGAGGACAUGACUAUUGCGUGGCCAUAUCUCCAAACGUUUACGCUAAACCAGCACCACGGAUGGGGCGCUUCAUCCGCUACCAUCAAGAGCUUGUAUAACUUCAUUUGGUACUGCCAAGACUUGGAGUACCUCGGCAUGUCGAUCGACGCAUCUCAACUUUGUGAUGCUCCGGAGAAUAUGCCAGCCGACGGAUACUCCAACAAACAUCUGGUACACUUACAACUCGGUGACUCACGCGUCAGGGAUCCCGCUGUACUUGCACUUGUCCUGUCAACGAUUUUCACCUCGAAAUUCCUUUACGUUUGUUUCUCUGCUGGAGCAUCGUUCCAGGGGGAGGAGUACAACACUGGGCACUCGAUGGCACUCGCAGACUGCAUUGAGGAAGUGAGAGAGAGAGAGGCGGAGGGAAUAACAGACGAGGAAAGCUGGCCGCCCCCGCAGGACGUCGUUAAGAGACUAAGGAAAACCUUUAAAAGGUCGUUGAGAAGGCGGUCGGAUUCCUAG